AUGAACAGCCAUUUGCUCUUUGCCCUGUGCUUAGUGACUAUUUGCGUCGCUGAAGCGGCGGUCGGCCCUCAGGAGCCCAGCGUAGGCACGCUGCCCGAAGCCAGUGAAAUUCCAGCACAGGAGGGAGCACAGCUCAGCCAGCAAGAUGCUCCCGUGCCAAUUCCUUCUGCGAGACGCAUAUCUGGACCGAUUCUGCUACUGGUUAUGUCUCUUCUUCUUCUGUCGGGAUUGUUCGCGACUGUGGACUAUAAGGGAUUUCUUUCCAGCCUGAAACAAAAAGCAGCAGCAGGUCCACAGGAGCCUGAAGGCACCGAAGAGCCUGAAGCACCAAGCAGCGGAGACCCCAAAGCCCCUGAAGUAAGCAAAUCAACUUCCAGGGGCGAGAUUUACUUCCCAAUCGUGGUCCCCGCAGGAGCGGUGGGCUCGGCAAGCACGGGCAGUGCUCGUUGCGACGUUGCUUCUACUCGUGGAGCGCAGCAGUUGACUGUCGGAGGAGGAAAUGCUGCACUGCAUUUCUGUGACCAGCGCAUGGCGCUUUCAUGGUGGCGUUCAUUCAUUGCCUUGCUAUAUUCGUGCCACGCUUCUGCAGUUGCGCUGCAACGUUGCCAUCUGUGA